AUGUGUGACCGCUUGGUGGUAGGCAUCAAUAAUCUGACUCUUCAACGAAAGUUGCUGGAGAAGAAAGAUUUACCUUUUGCUGAUGCCCCCAAGAUCUGUGAGCAACACGACGACCUGAUGAAAGCCACUUUCAGCGAAUCAGCCACAUUAUUCCAACGGCAGAAGACACGACCGAACCGACCUCCAUUGCUCACAAGUGUACCGAAGCCGCAACACGACUCUUCAAGCAACGAGAAACGUAUCAAUCCCUGCUUGUCAUGUAGAGCUUACCAUCUGCGCUCCAAUUGCCGCUUCCGAAAUGCCAAGUGCCAUGCAUGCAGAGAAACUCGCCACAUUCGGAGAGUGUGCAAACAGCCCCGUUGCAACCUUGCACAACCGACUGCUGCGAAUGACACAAAUCUGGUGCUCUCUCUACGAACCGAAAGCCAACGCACACAAUUCCUAUACACAGAUGUGACAUUUCAGUCCGCCAGAAAGCACAAAUUCAUUGUUGAUACGGGAAGCAUGGAAUCUAUCAUUUCUAUUGCUGUGCUUCGGUCAACCUGCCCCCAAGCCAAAAUCCAUCCAACAUCCGUGCGAAUCCUUGGGGUGACUGGACACAACUUGUCAUUGCUUGGUGAGGUUUCAUUGAUGGUACAUUCCAAAGAACAUCGCCUUGUUCCCAUCCGCUUCCUAAUUGCUAAAAUCAGUCCAUCCAUACUUGGCCUAACCGCCAUUCGUGAAUUGAACCAUUGUGUCGCUCCAUACAAACUCUAUGUCCAAUAUGCACACCCAUCUACAGCACCUGGUCGUGAAAUGUUCCAAUAA